AGAGUAGAAUUUGGUUGUUCAGGUUGUGAUUGUGGGGUUUUUCCAGCCUGUUGCUUUCAGUUCCUCUAGCGUCUCCUCUUCCAUAAAGGCUAAAACCUCAAAGAAGUCUGUCACUGAUAUUUGUGAAAACAGCCUGCAACCUGACCUGACAUAAGGUUCGUGUGAAGAUGUCAGACGCCGAGACCCCAACCCAGCCUCUCCUUAGAGGUCAGACAGUCAUCAAUGUACCAUCAGCACAGAGUGGCCGCUCCUCCCGGUCCUACAAGGUGGCAGGUUUGACCCUGUUGGCCUGUGUCCUGAUUGCGGGCCAGGCCAUGAUCGCCUACUUCCUCCUCAGCCAGAGGAACGACAUCAGAUCUCUGGAGGAGCAGAGCCACAACCUGAAGGCGGAGAUGACGAGGGGAAGGUCCGGUGAGGGGGCCAAAUUCAGCUCAGUUGUGGAUGCAGUUCCCGUCCGGAUGCACAUGCCCAUGAAAGCCCUGCCCAGACUGAUGGAUGACUCUGUGGACGAGGAGGCGUCCACCGGAGUCCCAGAAAAACCUGCCUUUCUGCAGGCCACUAACUGCCAGCUGGAGGCCGCAGGUUUGAAGCCUGUGCAGGUGCCAGGUUUCUACCCCAACUGUGACGAGCGCGGCCUCUACCAGGCCAAGCAGUGCUACAAGGGCCUCUGCUGGUGUGUGAACCCAGCCAACGGGGAGACAAUCCCUGGAUCUGAGAACCGAGAAUCGGCCAGUUGCGGUAAAGCCGUUGUCAAGGGCAUCAUGAGCAACAUUUUCACUCUGCCUGAUGCCAGUGCCUAAUGCUGUGCGGAUGAAAUCUCCUCCAGAGACCAGCAACGGUCAAGUCUAAAUCAUGACUUUGCUACAACUUCAUCAACUUAAAAUACCCGUCAUAUUUGUGGUGCUUGAUAAGCUAAUUGGGUUUUAUGAACUGCUGAUAAAUUAACUAACUAUAACCAUUUCUCUGCUUGCUAUCAUCGUAUGACCUUAUUGCAAGGUAUUGCAAUUUUUCAGUUUUUUAAAUGGCUAGUAAGGGUUAAGGAUUUUAGAAUAGUUUGUGUUAUAAACUUGUGUUAUUUUAUUCCAAUUUUGUACCUUGCCAGUUUGCUAAAAAGAACUAAUUUUCUAUGUUGGAAGUUUGCAAAGUGAACUGAAAAAUAACAGCAUGGGCCAGGGGGCAAUUCAAUGGAGUGUGGGCAGAUGCUAAUGAUUAAUUAUUAAUAUAUUUAAUCCAUUUUUGUGAAGAGCAGAGUAUUGGCAAUGAAAACAUGGUCUGCCCACUGCCCCUUUACAUCAAUUUAGAAAAGAAAAUCUGAUAAACACUGUCGUUAUUUGAAUGUUUGGCUCAUGUUCAGAGAAACUGAUUUUAAAAAUAUUGGCACACAUUUGAGAAACCAAGAAUACUCCAGCUGUGACACAACUGUAAAAUGUAUUUCCUCAUUUAUUUGAACAACCCAAAUAAACCUCUCAAAGACA